AGGCUUCGGGACAACGUUCGCUAUCCUUAUCGCAGUUUCAGGCACCAUGCGCCAGCUUUCAGUCCGAUCUUGCGUACGCCACUAGGCUUCUGCUAUCGAUUUCAGCAGGGUGCUGUCGGUGGCCAUUUUACCGACUCUUGCGCCCGUCUUUUCCUCGAGUUGAGGCAGAAAUACUGCCCGAAGACGACAGCAGUGCUCACACGAUGUACUACAGUUCUUGAAAGUAGAAGAAGUCAGUUGUAGAGGUCCAUCAAACACCGAUAAGAAAUGUUCAACUCUACGCUAGUUAAACUAAUUAAGCGCGAGGCUAAGACAGCAACGGAGUCCAUACUUUCCGAGAGCACCGGUCCUGUUGCGCCCGAAAAUGCACCCGUCGCCGUACCAGAGGUUGUCCAGAAGCAGGAAUCCACCACCCCCGAAAUCCUAUCAUCCAGCGCACCAGAAUCCACCACACCGAAAGUUACCGUGAUCGACCAAGCCCAGGAAGUCACCAAAAUAGUAGCCCAAAAGACUGGAAUGCAACCAUGGAUGGUCUACUCCAUAGUGAUCGCUAUCUGCUUGGUGAUCCUCGGAAUCUGCUUCUGCUGCAUACGAAGAUGCUGCCGAAAGUGGAGACCGAAGGACAAGAAGGGGAAAACGGUGGAUUUGAAAGCGGUCCACUUGCUGGGGACGUCCUCCAAGGAGAAGGUGCAGCCCGACAUGGACGAACUGACCGAGAAUGCGGAAGAGCCGGACGAGGCGGAGAAACCAGAGGUGCAAAAGUUGGGGAAAAUCCAGUACAAGCUCGAGUACGACUUCAAUCAAAACAGUUUAUCCGUCACAGUAAUACAGGCCGAGGAAUUACCAGCUCUUGACAUGGGUGGCACUUCUGAUCCGUACGUUAAAGUGUAUCUGCUUCCAGACAAGAAGAAGAAGUUCGAGACCAAAGUCCACCGCAAGACCCUGAGUCCGGUGUUCAAUGAAACGUUCGUCUUUAAGAACAUACCGUACGCCGACGCAAUGAAUAAGACCCUAGUGUUUGCGAUUUUUGACUUCGACCGGUUCUCCAAGCACGACCAAAUCGGUGAGGUGAAAGUUCCGCUUUGUCAGAUUGAUUUAGCCCAGACCAUCGAGGAGUGGCGCGAAUUGCAGAGUGUGGAAGGCGAAGGCGGUCAGGAAAACAAGUUGGGAGACAUUUGCUUCUCGUUACGAUACGUACCGACAGCCGGAAAGCUCACCGUGGUUAUCUUAGAGGCGAAGAACUUGAAGAAGAUGGACGUUGGAGGACUGUCUGAUCCGUACGUGAAGAUCGCUCUGGUGCAGAACGGGAAGCGACUGAAGAAGAAGAAGACAAGCAUCAAGAAGUGCACGCUGAAUCCGUACUACAAUGAGUCUUUCACGUUUGAAGUACCGUUCGAGCAGAUACAGAAAGUGAACUUGGUGGUGACCGUGGUGGACUACGACAGGAUUGGUACCUCAGAACCGAUAGGAAAGGUGGUACUGGGUUACAACGCCAGCGGAACGGAGCUCCGCCACUGGUCGGACAUGCUAGCUUCACCACGUAGGCCGAUCGCCCAGUGGCACACACUCAAGGACCCUGAAGACGAAAAGAAGGACUAAGAAGCUGAUCGCUUACAACGCUGAUUUAUUCUAAUAUUAAUAAGGUUUACUCAGAUAUUGGUUCCCUAGCAUGAGAAAACAAUCUGCGUUACUAACUUAUUUAAACGGAAACGGUUAUUAUAAGUGUAUAUUUGUAACAUCAUAGAUGUCAUUAACAUAUAUUUUAUAAAUAACUAUUUGAAGAUGAUACUAGAUGUAACUCUAUGGAGUAACCUGCUAGAACCUAGUUUCUCUGGUAUACACAACAGAAAUGAUUUUCCAAAGGUUACUCGGCUUGCCUUCAACGAAUUACUGGUUUCUGUACAUAGAUCGCCUUCUUCCAAUCAGUCCUUUCGUUCGAAAUUCAUAAUAGUUAACCGACAACAUUACUGAAUGGAAACCCAAACGCGGAAAAGAUCGCCAAUAAGUAUUAGAUGAUUAGAUCAGACAGACAAUAGAAAAAUUAAUAGCUUUUAGAAAUGUUACGACAAUUCGUUGCAUCAUUUUGAAAGACCGGAGCACAAUUUUUUUUAUUUUGAACGCAAUCCUCACAAUGUGGCUCUUCUGACAAUUGUAAUGACGUAAUUUUUGCCUAUACUAAACAUCUAAAUGUGAUUACAACGACAACAAUUUCGCAUAUUGUCGGGAUUGCGUCGGCAUUGAGGAAAAUGCCGAGUUGGGAAGAUGUAGAUUAGGAAUUCCGUUCCAAAAUUUUGUUUCUGAUGUGGUUGAUCCUGCCCACAAGGACUAAAAUAUCAUCAGACUGGAUGUACUCGAGAAAAUGAUAUUAUUCUUCCUCUUUUCUUGUAUAUACCUAUAAAUAAUGUUAACAAUGUUGUGUAAAAUAAAAAAGUAUGUAAACAGA